AUGUAUGGAUGGUGGGCUAAGACCCCAGGAGAGUUGCCCAUGAACAUCCACCCUAAACCCAUGAACACCCGCCCUAAACCCAUAAACACCCGCCCUAAACCCAUAAACACCCACCCUAAACCCAUGAACACCCGCCCUAAACCCAUAAACACCCACCCUAAGCACAUGAACACCCACCCUAAACCCAUGAACACCUGCCCUAAACCCAUGAACACCCACCCUAAACCCAUGAACACCUGCCCUAAACCCAUGAACACCCGCUCUAAACCCAUGAACACCCGCCCUAAACCCAUGAACACCCACCCUAAACCCAUAAACACCCACCCUAAGCCCAUGAACACCUGCCCUAAACCCAUGAACACCCACCCUAAACCCAUGAACACCCGCCCUAAACCCAUGAACACCCGCCCUAAACCCAUAAACACCCGCUCUAAACCCAUGAACACCCGCUCUAAACCCAUGAACACCCGUCCUACACCCAUGAACACCUGUCCUACACCCAUGAACACCCACCUUAAACCCAUGAACACCCGCUCUAAACCCAUGAACACCCGCUCUAAACCCAUGAACACCCGUCCUACACCCAUGAACACCCGCCCUAAACCCAUGAACACCUGCCCUAAACCCGUGAACACCCGCCCUAAACCCAUGAACACCCGCCCUAAACCCAUGAACACCCGCCCUAAACCCAUAAACACCCGCUCUAAACCCAUGAACACCCGCUCUAAACCCAUGAACACCCGUCCUACACCCAUGAACACCUGUCCUACACCCAUGAACACCCACCUUAAACCCAUGAACACCCGCUCUAAACCCAUGAACACCCGCUCUAAACCCAUGAACACCCGUCCUACACCCAUGAACACCUGCCCUAAACCCAUAAACACCCGCCCUAAACCCAUGAACACCUGCCCUAAACCCAUGAACACCCACAUGUCAAUGCGAUUUCAUUUCUGA